AAUUGCAACAACAAGAAAAACAUUUAGAAACGAAAGAAAGAGAAAGAAUCGAAGAAGAAGAAGAAGGAAAAGGAACAAUUUGCGCUCAGAAGCUCUGCAAUGUGUAUAUGGAGAGCGCGUUCUUCAAAAUUGGCGGGAAUAGCCUAUGUGAUGCAUUCUGGGACUGUUUUGACCUAGGGGAUCCUGGAUCUAGUAUGUCUACAGGAGAGAAAUGGAGGGAAUUACAUGAUAUACUAAGAGUUCUAAAAGAGAGAGAACACGCUCUAGCAGAGGAAACGGUUCUUUUAUUCGUUAAAUAUUUUGGUGCAGAAUUACUGCUUGAUUCCCUUAAAAUGAAUGCUCCAGAAUCAUUUGAACCAUUUCUAUUGCUUGAUGGAGAUAAAAAGAUAACUAUUACCAAAGAUACCAAAGUUCCAAAUGCUGCCCACUUUGUCGUAAAUAAAGAAGAUCACACAUUAGGAAACCUUCUCCGCGCGCAACUGCUACGAGACCCACAGGUAAUAUUUGCUGGUUAUAAAGUUCCUCAUCCCCUUGAGCACAAGUUUGUUCUUCGAGUGCAAACUACACCUGACUACAGUCCUCAAGAAGCAUUCACAAAUGCUAUCACAGAUCUUAUCAGUGAAGUGUCUCUUUUAGAGGAAAGGUUCAAGGCAUCAGUCAAAGAUAAACAAGAGGGGAUAGAAUGAAUUGAAAGUUCUUGAAAUGAAAGUUGGAUUACAUUUUCAAAAAGGGAUGUAUUUGCAUCUGUACCAAUGGUGUCUCUAGAGGCCCUUGUAUGUCAUUUUUUUUUUGUAGGGAAUUUGUUUAUAGUGACUUCGAUGAUUGCUACUGACAAAGAACUUCUAAGAGAUCUAUUCCAUUACUCCAGAUAUUUUCCUUGAUCUUGUUAGUUUUUUUUUCUUGAGUAAUGAUUAAAACAUUUAGUUGAUGUUUAUUGAUACCAGUAGGUUAUUUGUUUUGAGAAAUUUUCUUGAUAAUUGGUAUUUUAAGUUUUUUCUUAGCUUAAAAAAGUUCACGAAAAAUAUUCCAAACUCAGUGUAGCAAAAUAUAGAACAACACUUUUCCUUAGAAUCUACAGGGUUCGUACACUUUUUCAGGCCAAAGAUUCAAGGACUUUUCAAGGACAUUCCAGGACCCUACUUAGAAACUCAAGGACUUUUUGUAAUGACAAUUUUACCUCAAAACCAAGAAAAAUGUUUCUGUUGACAUCUAUAUUUUGGGUUUACCAAUGGUGCAAAACAAAAGAAGAUACUUUUCGAUGUUGUUCAAUAAAAAAUCAAGGACUUUCAAGGACCCAAAACGAAAUUCAAGUACUUUCAAGGCCUUCAAAUGGGCCUCCUGAAAUUCAAGGGUUUUCAAGAAGCCUACGAAACCUGAAUCUACAGCAGGAAAAAAAAAUGACUUGCAGAAGCUAACUUUAGGUCAUGUAAAGAUGUUGUGGUUAACAGUUAUCUCACAAUCUUUGAACCCUCUACAAGAGCAAAGGCUAACUUAUUUUUCACUACUGUAGCAUAGUAAAUCAAUUACCUCACUCCACCCUCACCUUUCUUCCAUUUAAAGGAUCUCUCAUUACUCAAAGGAGAAUUUCUGUUGGCAGUCAUUUCUCUAAAUCAAUUUUACCCUUAUUCAUGACGAACAACAGCCAUGCAUUGAGGCAAAAGGCAUUUAAUUUCAACAGUUAAAUCAAUACUUUCCUUUCUUAAAUAUUCUAAGUAAUACAUCCACUGGUCAGAUAUUAGCUACAAGUGACUAUCCAUUAGAUACAAAUUGUGGCUCUUUUAGAUGUGACUGGUCCACAUCAUCUCCUAAACAUUACUGAUAUUUGAAGUCAAUUACUUCACAACAUUUUCAGCAAUUAAAAUACUAGUUAAAUAGUAAUUAAAGACUUUUAAAUGAUUGAAGUUUCCUCCUAUGUUUAUUACUAAUUUUGUAGAUCAUUAUGUAUUUAAUUUAGCCAUUAAAAACACAACUAUCUAUCA